CAUUAACAAGGAACAAGAAUCUAAGUAAAAAGAAUGCCAAACUGUUUUAUUCUUUCAAUUAUUAGAUGUACAAUGAAAUCAUCAAGGUCAUCUACAUACACGUGUAAACACCAAAACAAUGAAUCACAAAAUAAUCAUCAUAAUCAUGAAUACCAUCGUCAUCAUCAUCAACAACAGCCAACCCUCCCAGAUAUCGAAUCAACAAACACAUCAACGACGAACAAAGCUAGAGAAAACACAUAAAACCCGGAAAAGAGAAAGAGAAAAGAAAACGCUACUCAACAAGACCAGAGGAUAAAAUAAAUGAAAUAGAUCCCGUCCGUCCGUCGGUGAAAAACAAGAUCAAGAGCCGAAGAGCCUCCACGUGGACGAAUUCCAACCGUAAGGUCUGUUUUCAAGCCAAGAACAUGGCUACCAAGGUUCCCGCGAGGGCAGAGCCAGCAACGAAGGACUUGGCAACGGAGAAUGCGGCGUUGGGUGGCGGGGGUGCUUCGCCGCCACCUGAGGGUGAAAUUCCGGGGGCGUUAGGUGCUGGUGGAGAGUCAGAAGGAGAAGACGGAGUGGGAGCUCCAGAUGGAGGAGAAGAAACUGGGGUAGGAGUGGGGGUAGGUGCUGGUGGUGUUGAUGUUGGUGGUGUUGAUACCGGUGCUGGUGUGGGUGUUGGUGUUGGUGGUGCUGCAGUGGGUGGUGGAGUUGCUGGUGUGGUGGGUGUAGGUGCCGGUGCUGAUGCGGGAGGUGGUGGUGGGGUGGUUGUGGGAGGCUGUGUAGGUGCACCGGCUGGGGCUUGCGCUAUGCAUGAUGUAGCCAGAAGCCCGAAGACAAGAAACAGUUGUACUGCAGCAGAACCCAUGUUCUGAGUGGAGAGAACAGAAACAGAAAAACUGAAACUUGCGUGUUAGAGAGAGAGAAAGGGUUGAGCAGUGGAAGAUGAUAAGGGAACAGAAUAUAUAAAAAGAGGGCUUGAGAGG